UGUAGUUGUUUUGUGUCGACUGCUAUCGGCCAUCGUAUAGUAUGAAGCUAUAUAAGAUAACAAAAAAGGAAAAAAAAUAAACUUAAUAAACCUAAUUACGUUCUCUGGGAUUUCUUGUUCCUUUUAACCUAGCUUUCUUUUAAUGAUUUAAUGAUUAACCAACAGCUACAGAAAAGUUAACAAAGAAUGGUGGGAUGCAUGUUUACAGAAGAGUGCUCAUUUAUGCCACUCUUUUCAAUCUACAUCGAGACAAAGUACAAAGACGACAAUGGUUGUUCAGAAAAUGUACUUGGUCUCAGUGAAGAGGAGCUUGAAGACCGUGAGGUAGAACAUAUUGACAUUGCCUAUGACGACAUGGCUGACAAACAUUACAAAGAAUCAGAGGAUCCGACACUAUUCGUAUCCAGAAAGACAGGAAGAGGGCAGCUGAAGAAGGAGUGGAAGGACUCUGUGAAGCCAGUGAUGUGCUCCUACAAGGCUGUCAGGGUUAAGUUUGAGGUUUGGGGCCUACAGACAAAGAUUGAAGCUUUUACCCACAGAGUAAACCUGAGCUUUGAUGACAUUCGAGAGUAUGAAAAGUCAAUCAACACAGAGACCAAUAAAAAAGUGCUACAAAACAGCUGAGGGCAGGAAAGACCUGUAGUCCUGGCCUUGGAUGAGGCUGUGAUGUCCAGACCCCAGUAGUGACUUUUACUUUCAGCACCAAGGAUUUGAUUUUCACUUCCUGGCCCUUGGGCGCGACUGUUACUUCUUGGCCCUGGGAACGGGUUUGGUUGUGACUUCCUGGCUCUGGAAUGUUGCUGUCACAUCAGGGUCUCAGGGUGUGGCUAUGAGUAUGAAUCCCAGGCUACAGGUUGUAGCUGUCAAAAAUCAAAUCUAAGGAAUCCUGAUUUGACUGUCAUUAGCAAACCCUAGUUUGAAAUUUCCUUGACCGGCUUAAAUGUGGAUGUGGUUGCAAGGGAUAGACUAGCCAAGGGCUGUACAGUCAUCUGGUGGCCACUCUGUGUUUAAAUACAAUGUGUGAGGGCUCUCAGUCAUUUUUUGUAGACUAAUCAUAUGAAUGUUAUAUGUUAAACCCUUUUUACCCACCAUUAUCCUUGUUACCUGGUAGUGUUUUACCCACCAUUAUCAUGUUUACCUCGUAGUCAAGGUAGAAAUAUUGCAAGAAGAAAAAACACUAAGUGGUCUGUGAUCCUCCAUUUCACUUAUUUUUUAUGUGUAUAUAUUAUACUAUUUAUAGUUUACUUAAGAGUAAGCUUGUGGGACAGCGUCAAUCCUCUAACAAUAAUGCUUUCAACACCAAGCAUUGAAGGUGUCAAUAGUAGAUAUUGGAGGUGUCAAUGGUAGAUACUUGAGGUGUCAAAAGUUGAUACUGGAGGUGUGAGUAGUAGUUACUAGAGGUGUCAAUAGUAGGUAAUAGAGGUGUCAGUGGUAGAUACUGGAGGUGUCAAUAGUAGAUACUAGAGGUGUCAAUAGUAGAUACUGGAGGUGUCAAUAGUAGAUACUUGAGGUGUCAAUGGUAGAUACUUGAAGUGUCAAAGGUUGAUACUGGAGGUGUCAAUAGUAGAUACUAGAGGUGUCAAUAGUAGAUACUGGAGGUGUCAAUAGUAGAUACUUGAGGUGUCAAUGGUAGAUACUGGAGGUGUCAAUAGUAGACACUUGAGGUGUCAAUGGUAGAUACUAGAGGUGUCAAUGGUAGAUACUAGAGGUGUCAAUGGUAGAUACUUGAGGUGUAAAUGGUAGAUAAUUGAGGUGUCAAAGGUAGAUACUGGAGGUGUCAAUGGUAGAUACUUGAGGUUUUCAAUGGUAGAUACUUGAGGUGUCAAAGGUUGAUACUGGAGGUGUCAGUGGUAGAUACUUGAGGUGUCAAUAGUAGAUACUAGAGGUGUCAAUGGUAGAUGCUGGAGGUGUCAAUGGUAGAUACUUGAGGUGUGAGUAGUAGUUACUAGAGGUGUCAAUAGUAGAUAAUGGAGGUGUCAAAGGUAGAUACUAGAGGUGUCAAAGGUUGAUACUGGAGGUGUUAAAGGUAGAUACUGGAGGUGUGAGUGGUAGAUUCUUAAGGUUCUCAAUAGUAGAUACUGGAGGUGUCAAUGGUAGAUACUUGAGGUGUGAGUAGUAGUUACUAGAGGUGUCAAUAGUAGAUAAUGGAGGUGUCAAAGGUAGAUACUUGAGGUUUUCAAUAGUAGAUACUUGAGGUGUCAAUGGUAGAUACUGGAGGUGUCAAUGGUAGAUACUUGAGGUGUCAAUAAUAGAUACUAGAGGUGUCAAAGGUUGAUACUGGAGGUGUCAAAGGUAGAUACUGAAGUUGUGAGUGGUAGAUUCUUAAGGUUCUCAAUAGUAGAUACUUGAGGUGUCAAUGGUAGAUACUUGAGGUGUCAAUAAUAGAUAAUGGAGGUGUCAAUGGUAGAUACUUGAGGUUCUCAAUAGUAGAUACUUGAGGUGUCAAUAGUAGAUAAUGGAGGUGUCAAUGGUAGAUAUUUGAGGUGUCAUUAGUAGAUACUAGAGGUGUCAAUAGUAGAUAGUAGAGGUGUCAAUGGUAGAUACUGGAGGUGUCAAUAGUAGAUACUAGAGGCAUCAAUAGUAGAUACUGGAAGUGUCAAUAGUAAACACUGGAGAUUUCAAAAGUAGUUACUUGAGAUUUUAAUAGUAGAAACUAGAGGUGUCAAUUGUAGAUACUGGAGAUUUCAAUAGUAGAUACUAGAGGUUUCAAUAGUAGAUACUGGAGAUUUCAAUGGUAGAUACUAGAGGUGCCAAUGGUAGAUACUGGAGAUUUCAAUGGUAUAUACUAGAGGUUUCAAUGGUAGAUACUGGAGAUUUCAAUGGUAGAUACUAGAGGUUUCAAUGGGAGAUACUGGAGAUUUCAAUAGUAGAUACUGUAGGUGUCAAUGGUAGAUACUAGAGGUGUCAAUGGUAGAUACUAGAGGUUUCAAUAAAAGAUACAAGAGGUGCCAAUGGUAGAUACUGGAGAUUUCAAUGGUAGAUACUAGAGGUUUCAAUGGUAGAUACUGGAGAUUUCAAUAGUAGAUACUGGAGGUGUCAAUGGUAGAUACUAGAGGUGUCAAUGGUAGAUACUAGAGAUUUCAAUAAAAGAUACAAGAGGUGCCAAUGGUAGAUACUGGAGAUUUCAAUGGUAGAUACUAGAGGUUUCAAUGGUAGAUACUGGAGAUUUCAAUGGUAUAUACUAGAGGUUUCAAUAGUAGAUACUGGAGAUUUCAAUAGUAGAUACUAGAGGUUUCAAUAAAAGAUACUAGAGGUGUCAAUGGUAGAUACUGGAGAUUUCAAUAGUAGAUACUAGAGGUUUCAAUAAAAGAUACUAGAGGUGUCAAUGGUAGUUACUGGAGAUUUCAAUAGUAGAUACUAGAGGUUUCAAUAAAAGAUACUAGAGGUGCCAAAGGUAGAUACUGGAGAUUUCAAUAGUAGAUACUGGAGAUUUCAAUGGUAGAUACUAGAGGUUUUAAUAGUAGAUACUGGAGAUUUCAAUAGAAGAUACUUGCAAAGUCAGCUGUAGUAGCUUAACUAGAAGUUGGCACGAUUAAACAAGUUAAGAAAAUCCUGUGUAUAUAGGUGUUAAGUAUAUUAAUCAAGUUCAAAGUUUAUAGAUUGUUAUCAUUUUUUUUUGAUUUUAUCAACAAUUCAUUUAUUCUGUUUCCUUAUUUGUGCGACACAAAUGUAUAUAUUAUUCAAUUUGUUUAAAAAAAAAAAUUUUUUGUGUAAUGCCUUUGCAUUUUUUUUCCAGUGCUCAAGGUAUUUCUGAUAUAAGAGUGAGAACAAAUAUAUUAUAGUCAUGUUUCAGGUGUUAAUGACCUAAUGACAGGAUUUUGAGACAUGAAUGUAAGAACAACUUGGGAAGGCCACUAUCUGUCCCAUUAAACUCAGGUGGUAUAGUGCUAUACCUAGAUAGGUGGUGGCUGAGUAAGUGUGGCUUGCUUGUACAUGUGAAUCAUUUUAAUGUUUUAAGAGACAUAGAUGUUUCGAUUCCUCAUUCCAUUUUGCAUUUCAGUAACAUUGGUUUUUCGUUUGUUGUUAUUUUAUGUAUUAUUCACAAACUACUUAUGUAAUCGUAAGAGUACAUGUAAAGAUACAGUUGAUUGACUUACAAAGUUUAAAAAUGAUGACAUUGUAUGACUCGGUGAUGACAUUGUAUGACUGUGUAGUUGAUGACAUUGUAUGACUUGUUGAUGACAUUGUAUGACUUGGUGAUGACAUUGUAUGACUUGGUGAUGACAUUGUAUGACCUGGUGAUGACAUUGUAUGUCUUUAGUUGAUGACAUUGUAUGACUAGAUGAUGACAUUGUAUGACUAGAUGAUGACAUUGUAUGACUUAAGUUGAUGACAUUGUAGGACUUAAGUUGAUGACAUUGUAUGACUUGGUGAUGACAUUAUAUGACUUGAUGACAUUGUAUGACCUGGUGAUGACAUUGUAUGACUAGAUGAUGACAUUGUAUGACUAGAUGAUGACAUUGUAUGACUGUACUUGAUGACAUUGUAUGACUUAAGUUGAUGACAUUGUAGGACUUAAGUUGAUGACAUUGUAUGACUUACAUUGAUGACUUUGUAUGACUUAAGUUGAUGACAUUGUAUGACUGUAGAUGACAUUGUAUGACUAAAGAUGACAUUGUAUGACUGUAGAUGACAUUGUAUGUCUUACAUUGAUGACUUUGUAUGACUUAAGUUGAUGACAUUGUAUGACUGUAGAUGACAUUGUAUGACUAGAUGACAUUGUAUGACUUAAGUUGAUGACAUUGUUUGACUGUAGAUGACAUUGUUUGACUGUAGAUGAUGACAUUGUAUGACUGUAGAUGAUAUUGUAUGACUGUAGAUGACAUUGUAUGACUGUAGAUGAUAUUGUAUGACUGUAGAUGACAUUGUAUGACUGUCAUUAUUUAGUCAAAUCCCCUUCAUUUGGAUGUUUUGUUUACAAUUAAUUUGAUUUUUUUUAUCCUUUUCUUAAUUUGUCCUACAUAUUUGUCUGGUAUUUAUGUUAUAUCAUUUAUUAUUAUUGUUUUGUUUGUUAUGCUUUGUCUUUUUUCCCUGGUAGCUGUUUCCCCAUAUAUUUGUCUGCAAUGAUCCUU